AUGGCUAACGUACUGAAGAAAAAUGACCUUUACAUUUUUGAUCUAUCUAAACCGCUUCUAAAUUCGUUAGACUUAAUGAGUUUUGAUUAUUCAUUACGAGAAAUUGAGAUAGAUACAGGGUCUCACCGGAACGAGGAAAAGACUACUGAAGAUGUCCAGUCACUACAGCAAAAGAGCCCAUCAAACUCCAUGCGUUGUACUGUUUGCCAAGUAGAUUUCGAAUCCAGAGAUGUUCAAAAGGCUCACUACCAGACUGAUUAUCACUUGAUGAAUGUCAAGCGGAGCCUGAGGGGACUGAAUGUCUUAUCCCUGAGUGAAUUCAAUGAGGUAGUUUCUAAAGAACUUGACAACAAAUCAAAAGAUGAAAAUACUGAAAAUGAACAGUCCUCUAGUGGUGAGGCAGACGAAAGUGAAGGAGUUAGUGAUCAGGAAUCGGACGCAUCUGUUAAUGAUUACAUGGAAAGCAUAAUUGAGGACGAUAUGAAAAAACUAAGUCUUCGAGAAGAUGAGUCGAGUGUUGUUAGUCACCUCAAUACACAAUCUCCUUACAUUUUCUUUAAAUCGAGCACUCUUCCAAAAAAUGAAGUUCUGGGAAUCUACAAAUCUGUAUUCAGUAAAGCAUCUCUUUCAAAACCUUACGAGGCUUUGGAUUCUUGGAAUUCACAAGAAAGCUCUUCGAUGGCAAUAUCGGCCCUGUUUAUGGUGGGAGGUGGUCAUUUUGCAGGAGCGAUUGUUUCUCAUCACAGACUCAAUGUCAAGGGAAAUGCUCACAAAAAGAAUGAAACUUUGAUUGAGCAGGCUGUUAAUUUAUUGGAGCACAAGACAUUCCAUAGGUAUACUACCAGAAGGAAGCAGGGUGGUUCUCAGUCGGCAAUGGACAAUGCGAAAGGCAAAGCCAACUCGGCGGGUUCUGCACUUCGGAGGUAUAACGAAACCGCACUAAGAACAGAUAUACAAGGCGUGUUGAAGGACUGGGAGCCCUAUCUGUCAAAAUGUGAGAACAUUUUUAUUCGUGCUCGUAAUGUUAGUGACAGAAAAAUUUUCACUGAUAAUACCAUCUUGAAUAAAGACGACGAUAGGAUUAAAAGUUUUCCUUUCACCACAAGUAGGCCCACAGUAUUAGAGCUGAAGAAAGCAUGGUGUGAACUUUGCUACCUGAAGAUUUUGCCUAGGCCUGAACCUUUGACAAUAAAGCAAACGGUACAAAAGCCGGAAACAUUGAGUAAAAAAGAUGGCGCUGAAGAAAAGCAAGAGCUUUCUACAGAGGAAAAGCAAACAGAAGAAGUGGUUUCUUUGAUAAAGAAAGGAAGAGCACCUCUAUUGAUUGUUUUUUUAAAGAAAAACAAACUUGAUGGGAGAUUCCAGCUCAAGCCUGAAACCAAGUACUCCUUAACUCCGACGAUGUUGCAUUACGCAUCGCAACAGGGCAUGAAACAAAUGGUGAUUGUUUUACUUUCCAAUUUAAAGUGUGAUCCUACGAUCAAGAAUAGAUUGGGAAGAACUCCCUGGGAUUUGACCAAGGAUGAUGGCGUAAGACACGCUUUCCAAAUUGCAAGACACACUUUGGGCGAGUCCUUCACCAAUUGGGACGAAUCUCACAUCGGCGAACCACUAAGUAGAGAACAGGUUAAUGAGCUCAAUGAAUUGAAGCAGUCGACGGAAAAUGAACGAACUAAAAACAUGAUCAAAGUGGAAUUAGAGGCUGCCAAGGAAAGACAAAGAUCUGCCAAAGAUACAGAAAGAGGGCCAGGUAAAAAGCUGACUAGUAUACCAUCAGUUCACCAACAAAAUCUGAAUUCUUUGACAGAUGAACAAAGACGUAGAUUGAUGAGAGAACAAAGGGCUAGGGCUGCAGAAGAAAGGAUGAACAGAAGUCUUGAUAAAUAG